CUCCCAGCAGUCUGAACUGACGCUGCGCUCUUCAAGUCAGGAUUCAGUGAGGAGUAGACAGUUCAGAGCUCAGUGCACAGGCUGAAGAACUGCCAAUCGACACCAGACUGGGAAACAGCGGAGUGCUUUCAGUAAGGAUUGGUGCUGAAGUGAGUAAAUCACCUUGUGUGUGUGAGAGAGAGCGAGAGCGAGAAAAGGAAUAAAUAAAGUUUAGAUCCUCCUUACUUUAGAAUAAAACUUUAUUUUUUUGAAAUCACCUGCACUCCCUCAUUGAAAGUUCAAGUUGUUUGCAGCAUUGAAGAGGGUAUAAUUGCCCAUUACUUCCACAGAGGUUAACAGGAGUGACAGCACAGAGAAUGUGGGCGAUGGAUUCUCUCUCAAUGGCUUUGCUAUGUGCUGCCCUGGCACAUGCUGGCUGCAGUGGACAAUCCAGAGCGACGGAGGGAGGCCGCAGGAGGCUCAGCAAGGUUCAGCAUGGAACAUGCAGCUACACCUUCGUCCUGCCUGAACCGGAGGGGGGCUGCCGCGGCUCUGCGGAUCACCCCAGCAGCAAUUCCCUCCAGCGGGACGCGCCCCAGGAAGACCAGGAGUGGCCCUCGCAGAAGCUGCAACAGCUGGAGAGCAGGUCGGACAACAACACCCAAUGGCUACGCAAGCUGGAGAAUUAUAUCCAGGAGAAUAUGAAGGCCGAGAUGGUUCAGAUCCAGCAGACUGCCGUUCAGAAUCACACAGCUACUAUCCUGGAGAUUGGUACCAAUCUGCUGAGUCAGUCAGCAGAGCAAACACGCAGACUCACAGAUGUGGAAACACAGGUCUUGAACCAAACCUCAAGACUCGAAAUUCAGCUUUUGGAAAAUUCCUUGUUUACAUACAAGCUGGAGAAACAACUGAUUCUUCAAACCAAUGAGAUCUACAAGCUGCAUGAUAAGAACAGCUUUCUGGAACAGAAACUUCUAGAAAUGGAAGGCCGACGUAAAGAGGAGGUCGAGACGCUGAGGCAGGAGAGGAGCAGCCUCCAAGACCUGGUCCUCCGUCAGAGCCGGGUCAUCGAUGAGCUAGAGGCAAGAUUGAACCGAGCUACUGUCAACAACACCAGCUUGCAGAGACAACAGCAAGAGCUGGCAGACAUGGUGCAGAAUCUUCUGAAACUGGUGUCACAAGGAGGAGGAGUUGCAACAAAAGGCACCAAAGAGGAGAAACUGUUCCGCGAUUGUGCGGAAGCCUAUCAGAGUGGUUACAACACAAGUGGCGUCUACACCAUUCGCAUCAAUAAUAUGUCAGAGCCUAAGAAGGUGUACUGUAACAUGGAGACAGCAGGAGGUGGUUGGAUGGUCAUACAGCACAGAAGAGAUGGUAGUGUGGAUUUUCACCGCACCUGGAAAGAAUAUAAAAUGGGCUUUGGGAAUCCAGCUGGAGAACACUGGCUUGGCAAUGAGAUGAUCUUCCUUCAAACAAACCAGCGACAGUACUCACUGAGAAUCGAUUUGAGAGACUGGGAGGGAAACCAGGCCUAUUCGUUCUAUGAGAAGAUGCAAGUGGCAAGUGAAAAGCAAAAUUACAGGCUCUUUCUGAAAGGAUACAGUGGCACAGCUGGCAGGCAGAGCAGUUUGCUUUUACAUGGAGUGGACUUCAGCACCAAAGACAUGGAUCACGACAAGUGCAUUUGCAAGUGUGCCCAGAUGUUAACAGGAGGCUGGUGGUUUGAUGCUUGUGGACCUUCCAAUCUCAACGGGAUUUAUUACUCCGCAGGACAGAAGCUAGGCAAGCUGAACGGCAUUAAGUGGCACUACUUCAAAGGCCCGAGUUAUUCCUUACGCAUGGUCACCAUGAUGAUACGGCCUUCGGGUUUCUGAACCAAACUGCUCAAGCCAAACCCCAGUACUAACCUGAAACUAGAUCAGGACAAUUCCAGGAGCCACCUUCCUCCAGAACCUUGCUCUCUCUCCAGCAUCAAGGAUUAGUGAAAGAACUUUGACUCGCUGCAUUUGCUCCUUUUCCCAGCAUGUCCAUGCUCACGUUGACCCUUGCAGAUUUUUAAAAACAUUUGUUUAUUUGCCCUUGCUGCAAUUUAGCAGUUUGGAACUAGUAAGGGGAAGAAGAGAGAGAGAAAAAAAUCCUUUUCACGUUUGAAUUGAUGCAGGACUGCUGAAUAUUAGUGCCUUUAUUGCUGUGAUUUUACCUCCCAGUAUCUCUCACAGGAACCCAUUGACCAAUCCGCUGAGGGUUAGGCCGCUCUUGCUAGAGGCAGUAAAAGGUCUCUUUUUGGAAGUUCCAUAUGAAAGGGAAGAGAACUGUUGGGAAGUGAGGGGUGGGAACUAGGAGGGAGUGGUCAAGGAGGAGGCAAAGAUGGAUCCACCAGCACUUUCAAGGAAUGGCUUAUUGCUAUAUAAUAAUGAAAAGCAAACUCAAAGCCAGAGUGCAAGACCCGUGGGCCCAGUCAUGACACAUAUUAGCUCUGCAUUGGACCUAUUUGUAAUAAAGGUCAGGCAGCAGUACAUCGUAGUAUUUCAAAAUGGGGCAAGUGAAUGCAGGGAGAGAUUUGGACUAAGUUUACUCAAAAAGGAGAAGGGAAACAUUUUAUAGAUCGACGAUGCUAAUUAAUUCAAGUCUCUCAUUAACACAUCUGAAUAGGAGAUUCUGCAGGCACUGUCUGAUCAAUUUAUGAUUUUCAGUGUGAUCGUGCCGAUAUCUGGGUUGCUUUUUCUCUUCACAGUUUCCUGGGUUCAUUUUGACACUGAAGGACUCAUUUGUUGAAUGAGCAAGGCGUUGAAUUUUAAGAAUGAGCAGAAUAGAUCAAUACGCAAUUGCAUUACAUUAAGCAAAGUCAGGAAUACAUUGGGUCUCAGUUUGCUCCAGGUCUCCAGCCCAGACGUUGAGAGCUCAAUGGGAGCAGCCCCCAAGAAGUAAUGUGAAUAUUUGGUGCUCCAUCCAUACCGCAUCAGUUUGGCAUCCAAACCAAACCUGGAAUUCCAAGGUUUUUACUUUAUUCAGUGCACUUCCCUAGGCAGAUAUGAAUGAAGCAGGGGAAUUUGAGCAUGUCCUGUUUAUCACUCCAGGAAGAAACAGGGAGGCAAUGACCUUGUGGUAUUAUCACUUGAUUUUAAUCCAGAGACACAGAUAGUGUUC